AUGGCCUUGAUCCGACUGCUUCCGAUCGAUCCGAAGAUCGACUUUCUCAGCAAGCGGACCCUGUUCCUGGUCUUUUCGAUCUUCCUUGCGCUGGGGUCGAUCGGAACCUUCUUCGCCCAGGGUCUGAACUUCGGUGUCGACUUCCGGGGCGGUAUCCUGAUGGAGGUGGAAACCCGCGAGCCGGCCGAUCUGGGGCAGUUGCGCGCGGAGCUGGGCGAUCUGGAUCUCGGUGAGAUCACGCUGCAGGAGUUCGGCGAGCCGACGGUCCUGUUGCUCAACAUCAGCCGGCAGGAGGGCGGCGACGCCGAUCAGCGGGCCGCCAUCGAACGGGUUCAGCAGACACUGGGCGAGCAGGUAGUCGAGUAUCGCCGAACCGAGUUCGUGGGUCCGAAGGUCGGGGCGGAGCUUCGGCAGGCCGGCAUUCUGGCGACGGUGCUCGCGCUGGGUGCCAUCGGCAUCUACAUCUGGCUGCGGUUUGAAUGGCAGUUCGGCCUCGCGGCCCUGGUCGCCCUCGCGCACGAUGUGAUCGCGACGAUCGGCUUCUUCGCGAUCACCCAGAUCGAGUUCAAUCUCGCGACCCUGGCGGCGGUCCUGACCAUCGCCGGCUAUUCGAUCAACGACACCGUCGUCGUGUUCGACCGCGUGCGUGAAAAGCUUCGAAAAUACAAGAAGAUGCCGAUGCCGGAGCUGCUCAAUCUCGCGAUCAACAAGACGCUGACGCGCACGCUGCUGACCUCCGUGACCACUCUCCUGGCCCUGAUUGCCCUGUCGGUUUUCGGGGGCGAGGUGAUUCGCGGCUUCACCCUGGGCCUGAUCUGGGGGGUGAUAAUCGGCACCUAUUCCUCCGUCGCCUUGGCGGUCCCUCUGCUGCUCUACAUGGGACUGCGCCGGGAGCAACUCACCGGAGGCGACGAGGGCGAGGCCGAGCAGACGCCGAAAGGCGUGAUCGAAAGCGGCGCGAAGCCGUCGACCUGA